UUUCCUGUGUGCAGACAGAGCAAGAAACGGAGAAAGAGAGAGGGAAAAAAGACCUUGGCUUACUCAUUCUCUGACCAGUUAUCUCCACAUUCACAGCUGCCUUUCUCCCCAUUUCUUCUCUGUGACGGUCUUGCGGAUCGGAUGGCCUUUACUGACAUGAGUGUAGGCGUUUGGCUCCAUAGAACAUUCUAGAAGAUCUUGCCCUUUUUUGUGUGUUCCAUUUGUGGAGGUCACUGAAUGAAGGCCAUGUGGUGUUUUGGUUUUCGACAAUGAACAUGUCCUUAACAAGCCUGUGGAUCAGUUCUAGGACUGGGUUUCCUAUUUGACAAUAUCUUCGUCUAGGUCCUUCCUUGAGCCAUCCUGGUGGCACACCUGGUGGACUUUCUGACCACGUCACACGUUUCUCAAGAAGGGAGUGAAAAUCUUGAUGGAUAAACUAAGGCUGAGGCUGCAAAAGUGGUGCCAUUGCCAAAAGUGAAAUAUUGGUGGCACUUCUACCAGGCUCUCAUAAACUAGCCUACAGGAUUUGCUAAGACAUGAUUUUUUUACACUUAGACAUUUCAGGAUCACACUUUGUGAUAAACACAAACCACAACAACAAAAUUCCACUUUGUUGGUAGUACUAUUGUCUGACAACAUAUUGCACAAGAGCUGGACAGUUGAGGCCUGCUAGUGAUCAGCUUGGCUGAGGAGGAAAUCAAGACCGUUUCUUCUGUGGUCGAGGGGAUGGAAGUAUCGAUACCACCAAAAGUUUUUGAUGUAGGACCAGCAGAAGCAACACUGGCUUGUCACAAACGAAAAGCACCCAGUCCUCCUCACUCCUCUAAUGGCCAUUCACCAUCUGACACAUCUCCCAGUGUCAAGAAGAAAAAGAAACCUGGCUUGGCUACUGGCAACAAUAAGGAUCAGUGUGAGCUAAGACAUGGUCCAUUUUACUAUGUCAAGCAGCCUGCACUCAUCGCAGACCCUGUUGAUGUUGUGCCACAGGAUGGGAGGAAUGACUUCUAUUGCUGGAUGUGCCACCGUGAGGGCCAGGUGCUCUGCUGUGAGUUCUGCCCACGUGUGUACCAUGCCAAGUGCCUCAAACUGGCUGCUGAGCCUGAAGGCGACUGGGUCUGUCCAGAAUGUGAGAAAAUAACAGUCGCAGAGUGCAUUGAGACUCAAAGCAAAGCUAUGACAAUGCUGAAUCUGGAACAGCUAUCCUACCUGUUGAAGUUUGCCCUGCAGAAAAUGAAGCAGCCUGGGACAGAGCCAUUUCAGAAACCAGUUUCUCUGGAGCAGCAUCCUGACUACGCAGAGUACAUUUUCAACCCAAUGGACCUGUGCACCUUAGAGAAGAAUAUCAAAAAGAAGAUGUAUGGCUGCACCGAGGCAUUUUUGGCAGAUGUGAAAUGGAUCUUACAUAACUGUAUUAUUUAUAAUGGAGGGAAUCAUAAACUUACUGCAACAGCAAAGGUUAUUGUCAAGAUCUGUGAACAUGAGAUGAAUGAAAUUGAAGUUUGUCCAGAGUGUUACCUGUCAGCUUGCCAAAAGAGAGACAAUUGGUUCUGUGAACCAUGUUCUCACCCCCAUCCACUGGUUUGGGCUAAGCUGAAAGGUUUCCCUUUCUGGCCUGCAAAAGCUCUGAGGGACAAAGAUGGCCAGGUAGAUGCUCGCUUCUUUGGCCAACAUGACAGAGCCUGGGUGCCCAUUAACAACUGCUACCUCAUGUCAAAAGAGAUUCCCUUCUCUGUAAAGAAGACUAAGAGCAUCUUCAACAGUGCAAUGCAAGAGAUGGAAGUUUAUGUGGAAAAUGUACGCAAGAAACAUGGCGUGUUUAAUUAUGCCACAUUCAGAACACCAUAUACACCAAACAACCUGUUCCAGAUGCUGCUGGACCCAAGUAACCCCAAGAAAGGCACAGUCAUGCCAGAGAAACAGGACAAGAUCAAGUUUAACUUUGACAUGACUGCAUCUCCCAGAGCACCCCUGGGAAAGAGUGUGGGACAAAGGAUCAGUGACAUGCCCAGGUCUCCAAUGAGCACCAAUUCCUCAGUACAUACUGGAUCAGACCUUGAGCAGGAUGCAUCAGAGAAAGGAACACGAAUCCCAUCUAGCCACUACAGUACAGGAGAAGACUCCAUGGAUUGCACAGCCUCGCCAGCAGGUCUGAAGAUCACAGGUAGCCCAAAACCUAUCCCAUCAACACCUCUUAAACAGGAGCGAAUGCAAAACGCAGCCAGCAUCCUCAACCUAAAUCUUGAUCGCAUAAAGGCAGAAAUGGACCUAAAGGAGCUGAGUGAGGCUGUACAGCAGCAGCAAGGCCCAUCUGUACUCCUUACCUCCCCAAAGAAACCCACUAGAAGUUUGGAUAAGACCAUAGAGAGCUGCAAGGCCCAACUAGGCAUUGAUGAAAUCACUGAAGAUGUGUACCCUGGUGUGGAUCACAGUGAUUCUGAUGAUUCUGACAAGUCUGAUACCAGCGACAGCGAGUAUGCAAGUGAAGAGGAACAGGAGCUGAAAAAUGCCACAAAGAAUGAAGACCAUGAGGAAGCUACCUUUAAAAGCAAAAAAAGACUCAGACCUACAUCUUCACAACCACAAAACAAUAAGAACCAGUCAGAAAACAUAACUGAGAAAGUGGCCCCAGAUCCCCCCCUCAAAAAGAAAGCUUGUGGUGUUUCAGAGAAGGAACCCCAGGAAAAGCUCAGGACAAACCAGCAGACACAGUCCCAAAAAGAGAGACCUUUGGUUGGCCAUGAGGGCAAGGCUGGAGCUGUGGAUGCAGAUUCAGACUCUGAAAGAGAACUAGUGAUUGACCUUGGUGAGGAGCAGGGAGGAAGAGACAGGAAGAAACCAAAGAGAGAGACUUCAUCAAUCUCCAACUCCAUAACCAAAGACAACACAGUCAUCAAAACUGAAGGAAAGGCUCCAGCUGCUUCCAGCCCAUCAGUCUCUCCCUCCACAGUACCCUCUGCUUCAUCCUCUAAACCCAGCACAAGAGAUUCAACCCAGCCCGUCUCCAAGCCACCAAACACUACUUCCACCCCACCUCUCACUUCUGCCAGUACCACCUCUGCACCAGCAACUGCUUCUGCAACAAAUUCCUCUACAUCUGCUGUGGUAAAGAAACAACGCCCUCUGCUGCCAAAGGAGACAGCACAGUCCGGCCAGGCAUCUGUGGUUUGGAACCAGAAUGGAAAUAAGAUCCAGACAUCUUCACCGAAGUGGCAUCUGCAAAAGGCUCCGAAGCAGCAACAUGGCUCGCAGUCACAAAGCCCAGCAAAUUCCAACAAUGGCAGCACCCGCUACCAGACUAGGCAGUCUGUAAAAGCUGUCCCCCAAAAGGAGACCUUGUCUGCAUCCUCUAGUUCAGUCCUGGCUGUAGACUUCCUCACCCCACCUGCCUCUGCUGAUGUAGCAGCUGACAUUGGCAAGUACACCUCUAAAAUAAUGGAUGCUAUUAAAGGAACAAUGACAGAGAUAUACAGUGAUCUUUCCAAAAGCACAACAGGAAACACUAUUGCUGAGAUACGAAGGUUGAGGAUUGAGAUUGAGAAGCUCCAAUGGCUGCAUCAACAAGAGCUUUCUGAGAUGAAACAUAAUCUGGAACUUACCAUGGCUGAGAUGAGGCAGAGUUUGGAGCAAGAGAGGGAGAGGCUUGUGUCAGAGGUAAAGAAGCAGAUGGAGGUGGAGAAACAGCAGGCUGUAGAUGAAACGAAGAAGAAGCAGUGGUGUGCCAACUGUAAGAAGGAGGCCAUUUUCUACUGCUGUUGGAAUACCAGCUACUGUGAUUAUCCUUGUCAACAAGCCCACUGGCCUGAACAUAUGAAAUCCUGCACGCAGUCAGCCACAGCACCACAGCAAGAGCCAGAAGACGAGGCCUCUGUGGUUCCAGUACCCAAAACCUCAGGACAAUCACCUAAAUCCCAGCAUUCACCUCCAACCAACAAAAGUUCACCAACACCCAAAGCCCCCUCACCCACAACAGACAACACUAAGUCAAACGCCACCACGUCUGUGUCCUAACCAGAACUAUGAUGUCAUUCCUUUAUGGUCACCACCAUGGAUCCUUUUGGACUGGGGUCUACAAUUUGUGAUUUUCUUCUUCCUCGUCGUCUUCUUCUUCUUCUUCUUCUUCUCAAAGCAAAGACAAAUUAAACUUGCACUCCUCAGAUGCCCAGUUCGCUACAUCUGAGGAUGUAAAAUUUUUAAUAUACAUUUCUGAAUCAUUCAUUGUAUUUUUUUUAAGUCUACAUAAAAUUGAUUUGUACAAAAACUGAAACUUUCAUAUAUAAUAUGUUAAUGUAAUACUGUUUUUUACACAGAUUUGAGUUUUAUACAGUUCAGAUCAAAUCAAGUUCAGACAAGCUCAGUUUUUUAUGUACUCGCUGCACUUACCAUAGUCUUUAGAGAAGGAUACAUUUUUUGUUUUUUUUAGAUAGUGGGUCUGUUAAUCAUGGUGGGAUUUUAUUCAUUCACAUGUUAUGCUUUGAUUCUCACUACAUCACUCAAGACAUUCUUUGUAGCCAUCUUACUGAGGCCAUUCAUCCUGCAGAUAUUGCUUGAUUUAAAGCUGAAAAAAAGCAGUGUGGACAAGGAUGUAUUUUGUAUUUCACAUCAGGUUUUCAGUUGUUUACAUAUUGUAAAUAAUUCAAAGGAGAUGGCUAUCUGUAAGAAAAAAUAAAAUCAACUCAUUUCUGAACUUAAA